AUGUUUAGUAGACAAUUAGCAAGAACUAUUCAACGUAAUAAACAGAUCAGACAGUUUUCCUUGACUAAUUGGUUCAAGUCAUGGAAGGAUGCUGCACAAUCUCAAAGAUUAAUUUAUCCACCUCCAAGCAGUGAAUUCACUACCCAGAAUAGAAUUAUCGACACUUACGUUUCAAGCAAACAAGAAAUUUACCCUUAUCUUGCAGUGAAACCAACCUUACUUUUAAAUUUUACUUAUGCCAAUCAAGAGAAUAACAAGUUCACCAAGACCUUGUUUGAUGUUUUGAGUGACAAGAGUAAAUACCCAAAUAGCCAACCUGUUUACUUAGUUAAUAUUCUCGCUGAUACUGAAGGAGGCAGGGAAUUGAUGUUGGAUUAUGUUGUGAAUUCAAUUCCAAGUAUUGUGGUAUUGCAACACCAAUUGCCAACUGGUAGGUAUGUUCCCGACAUUCGAAAUUUUACCGAACAAGAUAUAAUAGAAUGGUUAAAGACAGUAUAG